UUGUUUCUUUUAUAUAUACCACUGCCAUAUCUAUCUCAUUGUCACAAGUCACACAUCUCCUUUAAACCAAAGAGAAAGAAGAAAAGAUGGGCCUAUCUCUGCCGAAACUUGCACCUGGUGCUGACAAAAAAAAGCACGAAGAACUUGUCCCAAUUAUAGAGGAAAUCUAUAAAGAGAAAGUCAAAAACGCCAAAGAAUUUUCAGAAUUCUACCAUGCAGUAUGCGAGAUAGUCGAGCAACUCAAUGAAAAGCUUGGAAACACGCAGAUCAAACUCCCAGAGACAAAGGCUAUUGAGAAGGAGUACAGGAAGCGUCGUGGAGAUAAUGACACUGACAAAAAGCCACUGACAAAAGCAGAAUUCCAGGAGAUCAUGCAAAAUUUGGUGAAGACAUCAGGAUUCACUGGUAUAGGAGCAAAGGAAGCAAUCUUGUGCAUCUUUGGUGUUCCAUUGGCUGCUCUGUUCAUAAAGCAAAGAGUGAUGCCUGAGGCAGUUCGUGAUGAGUUCUUCAUCCCAGGAGUAACUUCUGCAACGGUUUUCACCCUUGCUGCUCUUAACAAGAUUUGAUAUAUAUUAUGCUAUAACCAACCCAUAAUGUGUUUUGGUUGAGACCUUCAAGGCACGCAAACGCAUAAUAUUUAUAUCUGUGUUCCAAUUGAUCGGUUGCAUGAAUUCAUACUCACCUCUUUAUGCAUAUAGUCAAAUUCUCCAAAGUCUUAAAUGUUGGGUAAGCAAUGCUCCUUCAAAUAAAAUUACCCAUACACAUGAUAUUGAGAACACAACAAAGAUUAUACCUUAGAAAAAGUAAUAAGAAUUAAGAAGUUAGCUUGAUUCGA